GCUGUUUGAUUAUGCGACGCGACGUCCUGCCAUACCGCCUCAAAUCCCGAGCAACGAAGGUGGGAUUCAUAAUAGAAACGACGGAGAGGGGAGGAGAAAGAGAAGAAGGGAGGGGGCUGUCAGUGCUACGCAUCUGUAGGAGCGGAGGAGAGUGAGGAAGGGGACAGCCGAGCGGGUCAAGAUGAGAUCCGCGGAAGCAGCGGCGGACAAACGAGAGGACCCCAUCGAGAGAGACCGAGGAUGAGAGAGAGGUCUCCGGGAGCACUGCUGCAUCGCUCCAACAUGGAGGCGCAGUGACAGCAGCUCACGUUAGAGGAGAUCAUCUCGCCGUAGCCUUGCAGCAUCAUCGUCCCCAUCACCGUCCGUCCAGAAAGCCGAGCGGAGAGGAGGAGACAUGGGCUCCCACGUUGUGCAGACCCUGCGUCAGGGAGUGUGGGCAUCUCUGACUGGCGGUUGGUACCACGACCCGGACCAGAACAAAUUCAACAACUCCUGCCACCUCUAUCUGUGGAUAUUCCUCCUGAUGCUCCCCUUGUCUCUGCAUCUGGCCCUGCCUCCUACCACCAUGGCCCUGAGCAUCUACUGCACCUCCAUCACCGUCUUCUUCGUCCUCAUCAAGCUGGCCAACCACCGGCUGCACCUGAUGUUCGACGAGGGCGAGGCGGUGGUCCGCAGCAGCCUCUCGGACCUCAGCAAGGCCCAGGAGAAGAAGAGCAACGCCUCGGACUCCUGCCAGCCGGCGAGCAUCAGAAAGAGCAGCACGCUCCCCGACAGUGUCGCUAUGACAACUCUGGCCCGCAAACGUCCCAGCCCGGUGAUCCAGGUGACGCUGAAGCAGACGGAGACCGACCCGGGACUAAUCGGGGUGGACUGCUCAAAGUCAGACGAGAGGAAAUCUGCAGAAGGUAGCGGCCCUCUUUCUUUAGGCCGUGGCGACGCUGCUGCGGCAGAGCAAGCCGUGGGGGAAGGCCCUCGGUCGGACGCUGAACUGUCCCCCGACGAUUUCUCCAGCCCCAAUCCGGAUCAGGACGCCCCGCUGCUGCAGGCCCAGCAGAAGUCCCCGUCACGAUCCGCAAGGGAGGAAGCGGAGCUGACCGAAAAUGGAGCUGCUGUGGAAGGAGGAGGGGACGUUCAGAAAUCUUCGACGGGAAGUCGGUCAGGAGAGGAAACGACUCCGGAGAGGAACUCGAAGCAGGACAGAAGAGAGCAAAGGGAGGAUGACGAGGCUGCAGACAGGGAGAUGGUGGAUGAAGGUUUGCCGCCUUCAAAGGGAAGUGAAGACGAGAGCGAGGAAGGCAGCGAGGGCCUGAAAGAGAACUCGGAUGCCAACAACAACUCACUGGGGACUCCGAAGGAUGACCAGGGCGAGUCCAUAGACAUUGCAGAGUCUCCUCCACAGGAUGAGCUAGAAGAGGAAGAGGCGUACUGUUCCGAUGAGAUCGAGGUGGUUCUGGUUGAUAACUCCAGCCCCGGACCGGAGUCGGCCCAUCUGGACGACAGCGACACGGUGAAGAUCAUCAUCACCAUGAGCUGUGACCCCCAGACGGCCGCUCAGCUGGAGGAGAGCGUCAAGCAGAGCUUGCUGGAGAACGCUCAGGCUCAGAAGGCUGCGGGAGAAUGUCACAUCAAGAUCCCCGUCAUCACCUUCGACUCCCCCGAGGACGAGAAGGAGGGAGAGGAGGCAACGGGCUCGGAGGUCGAGCCAACACCCAGACAGCCGCAGCAGGUCACGAGCCAGAGCGAAGAGUUUCACCUAUGCCGAGAGACGAUGAGUUCGGAGUCCAACACGCUGGAGUGCCCGGAUCUGGAGCAGGAGCACGGCGGGCUGCUGAUGAACGAAGAUGGCACGCCCAGCCCGCAGCUGACCAACGACAACAGCUCGUCUGGCAUCGACGUCCGCUCCCACCCAGACGACACGGACCCUCUGGAGCCGAUCGCGGACUCACAAGGGUUCCUGCGUCUGCCUGCGAUGGUGGGCCGCUAUGGGCCGGGAGGAAGGACCCACAUCCGAGGCCUGAGCAUGGACAGCGGCAAAGACGCCGUCCUCCUUUCGGACCGCUCACAAAAUACAACCACGAUGACCAGCUCCAAAUCCGACCUGGAGGCAAAGGAAGGCCAGAUUCCCAAUGAGUCCAACUUCUUGGAGUUUGUUUCCUUGCUAGGUUCCCUCAGUCUGAGAGGAGGGAGCGCACAGGAAGAGGAGGAGAAGAAGAGCAAACAGAAAGUGGACCCUGAAGAAGAAGAAGAAGAAGAAGAAGAUAAUCGGAGUGCAGCUCUAGGGCCGGAUCCAGCAGCAACAGACACCAGCGCUGACAACAAAUCAGAGCGACCCAAACCACCCACCAGUCUCCCAACGAACCCACCGCAAGCUGUAAAACCCACGCACAUCCCCAUCGUCUCUCCUGACAGUCCGCAGACGGACAGAGAGAAGGAUCCGGACUACGACUCCCUCCCAUCUCAAACCUCCCAGUCCGAGAGCUCCAUGCUGCAGGUCAUCUGCAGACCUGAAGCCACCAGUAAAGAAGAGGCCUACACCUUCCACACUGUGCACAGAGACAGACCUCGGAAGCUGUACGCAGAGAGAGCCCUCAACCUGCCGCUGGGAGCAGAGCUCAUUACAGGCAACAUGUGCGACCUGCUGUCGACUUCGUCCAACUCGGAGUGUCAGGACGGCGCAGCGGGCGCUCACACCGACUGCCCCUUCCAGCGACGCAUCAUUCCCGCUCACAGGCUGCGGCCACGGAGGACGCACCCGGAGAUCUUUCCGGAGGAAGACUCCUUGGAUGAAUCUUCGGAGACGUCCACGCAGGAGAAGCCGACUAGAAAGGUUUAUUACAAACUCCAGCUGUUUCCUGGGAAAUGGGUCAGUGUUUUGUACGAUCGUCUGACCCUGCUUGCGCUUUUGGACAGAAACCAGGAUUUUCUGGAGAACGUCGCAGCGGUCUUCAUGGCCUUCCUGGUUUCCUUUUUGGGUUUUGUGCUUCUCAACCACGGAUGCUUCAAGGACUUCUGGGUCUUCCAGUUCUGCCUGGUCAUCGCUAGCUGCCAGUACUCCUUGCUGAAGAGCGUCCAGCCAGAUGCUGCGUCACCAACACAUGGUCACAACCAGCUGGUGGCCUACAGUCGAGCAGCCUACUUCUGUAUUUUCUGCGCUCUGAUUUGGCUGCUGGAGCAGCUGCUGAGGAGGAAGGACCUGCCGGUCUCCACUCUGUACGGCGUCACCAUCAUCUGCUACGAUGUGCUGAGCUUCGUUCGGGACGUUCUAGUUGGUUUUACCUACUGCUUCCCGUUCGCCUUCCUGCUGGGCCUUUUCCCUCAGAUCAACACCUUUACCAUUUACCUAUUGGAGCAGAUCGACAUGCACUUCUUUGGAGGAACGGCCGCCACCAGUCUCAUCUCUGCGAUCUACAGCAUCCUCCGCAGUCUGGUCGCUCUGUCUCUGCUGUACGGUUUCUGCUUCGGAGCGCUCAAGGAGCCAUGGGACGAACAACACACCCCGGCCCUGUUCUCUGGUUUCUGUGGCCUUUUGGUUGUGUUUUCCUAUCACCUCAGCCGGCAGAGCAGCGACCCCUCUGUGCUGCUAUCGCUCAUCAAGUCCAAAUUAAUGCCCGCACUUGUGGAGAGUGAAGAAGAGGAGGAAGAAGAUGCAGACAUCAAAGACCCGCUGCCCGAGAAGCUGCAGAGCUCCAUGAAGGAGAUUCUGUUGUCGGAUUUGGUGGUUUGCGCCGUCGCCUACAUCCUAACCUUCGCCAUUACGGCGAGCACUGUGUUCCUCUCUCUGAAGCCCUUCGUGACCAUCGUGCUGUACGCUCUGGCGGGGACGGUGGGGUUCGUGACCCACUACCUGAUUCCUCAGCUGCGGAAGCACCACCCCUGGUUGUGGAUCUCUCAUCCGGUUCUAAAGACCAAAGAGUACUACCAGUUUGAGCCCAGAGAGGACGCCGUGCUCAUGUGGUUCGAGCGUCUGUACGUGGGGCUGCUGUGCUUCGAGAAGUACCUGGUCUACCCCGCUAUCGUGCUGAGCGCCCUCACCAACGACGGCUUCGCCCUCAGCCACAGCAAGAAGCUGGGAAUCCACUGCGACGUCCUCCUGACGACGGUCGCCGGGCUGAAACUCCUGCGCUCCUCCUUCUGCGACCCCAGCUUCCAGUUCCUCACGCUUCUCUUCACGCUCGUUUUUUUCCACUUCGACUGUCCGCACGCCUCCGAGAGUUUCCUGCUGGACUUCUUCGUCAUGUCGAUUGUCUUCCACAAGAUGCGUGAGCUGCUGCUAAAGCUCCACUUCAUCCUGGUUUAUAUCGCUCCCUGGCAGAUCGCCUGGGGCAGCGCCUUCCAUGCCUUCGCUCAGCCUUUCGCCGUGCCUCACUCAGCCAUGUUGCUGCUGCAGACUCUGCUCACCACCAUCUUCUACACGCCGCUGGCGCCCUUUCUCGGCAGUGCCAUCUUCAUCACGUCUUACCCGCGGCCCGUCAAGUUCUGGGAGCGAAACUACAACACAAAGCGCAUCGACAACUCCAACAGCAGGCUGGUGUCCCAGGUGGACAAGGAGACAGGUUGCGACGACAACAACCUGAACUCGAUUUUUUAUGAGUACCUGACCCGCUCGCUGCAGCACUCGCUGUGCGGGGACCUCAUGCUGGGCCGGUGGGGCAACUACAGCGCUGGAGACUGCUUCAUCCUGGCCUCUGACUACCUCAACGCCCUCGUCCACCUCAUCGAGAUCGGCAACGGCCUCGUCACCUUCCAGCUCAGGGGCCUGGAGUUCAGAGGCACCUACUGUCAGCAGAGGGAGGUGGAGGCCAUCACCGAAGGCGUGGAGGAGGACGACGGGUGCUGCUGCUGCGAGCCGGGCCACCUGCCUCACACGCUGUCGUGCAACGCCGCCUUCAACCUGCGCUGGCUUGCCUGGGAGGUGACGGCCACCAAGUACCUGCUGGAGGGAUACAGCAUCAGCGAGAACAACGCCGCCACCAUGCUACAGGUGUACGACCUCCGAAAGCUGCUCAUCACCUACUACCUGAAAAGCAUCAUCUACUACCUGGUCCACUCGCCCAAACUGGGCGCUUGGCUGAAGGACGCCAGCAUCCAGGAGGCGCUGCAGUCCUACACCAAGUGGCACCACAUCGAGCGGGACCCGCAGGUGUUCAGCGUGAAGAUCGACGAGGACUACGUCCACUGCCUGCAGGGGGUGACGCGCGCCAGUUUCUGCAACGUCUACCUGGAGUGGAUCCAGCACUGCGCUGGCAAGAUGGAGACGCCUGUGGACAGCGACGAAGACUCCCCUCUGGUGACGCUGUGCUACGCCCUGUCCGUCCUGGGAAGGAGGUCACUUGGCACGGCGUCGCACAACAUGUCCAACAGCCUGGAGUCCUUUCUGUACGGUUUUAACACCCUGUUUAAAGGCGACUUCCGCAUUGCCACCAAAGACGAGUGGGUUUUCACCGACCUGGACCUGCUGCAGAAGGUGGUGGCACCUGCCGUCAGAAUGAGCCUCAAGCUGCAUCAGGACCACUUCACGUGCCUGGAGGAGACGGAGGAGGCGUCCAUCCUGUACGAAGCCAUCACGAACUACCGCAGCGGCCUGGUGAUCUGCCACGAGAGCGACCCCGCCUGGCGUAAAGCGGUGCUGUCCAGCCGCGACACGCUGCUCACCCUGAGGCACAUGAUCGACGACGGCACCGACGAGUACAAGAUCAUCAUGCUGUACAAGCGCCACCUCAGCUUCAAGGUCAUCAAGAUCAAUAAGGAGUGUGUGCGCGGUUUAUGGGCGGGCCAGCAGCAGGAGCUGGUGUUUCUGCGGAACCGCAACCCGGAGCGCGGCAGCAUCCAGAACUCAAAACAAGCGCUGAGGAACAUGGUCAACUCGUCCUGCGACCAGCCGCUGGGAUACCCCAUGUACGUGUCACCGCUGACAACAUCGUUUGCAGGAACACACCACACACUCCGCAGCAUUGGCGGAGGGGCUCUCAGCUUGGACGCCAUUCGUUCCUGGCUCUGCUCUAAAUGGUUGCGAGUGCGUAAGGACAACCUGACCAGCUGCAACAGCGGCAUGAACAUGGAGGAUGUGGACUGCGGCGCCGGCGGUUCGUCCUCGCUGAGCCACAACCGGCCGUCCUCUGUCACGUCCAACAGCCUGAGCCUCUACCAGCACAGAGCGCGGACGACGCACAGCCACAGGCAUCACAACACCGGAAGGAGAGAAUACCGCAGUCGGUCUGUGCAACCUCAGAGUCAACGCCCUCCCGUAACCAGCCAAUCAGGUCCCAUCCUGGACUCUGGCUCCGCCCACGGGCUGGUCCAGCGUCUGUCCAACAGUCAGCUGUCCUUUAACACUUCUAUCGCCUCCAUUUUCUCUCAGGUCCCUCGUCUGUCCGGAGCAGGAGGGAUCAGCUCUCAGCUUCAGGCAGCGCAGCAUCAGCAGCGCUCCAGUCAGGUCUCUUCAUCUUCGUCCACACUCAGCCUUCUGUUUGGGAAACGCAGCUUCUCCAGCGGCCUGGUCAUCUCCGGCCUGUCCGCUGCCGAAGGCGGCAACACCACCGACACGCAGUCCUCGUCCAGCGUCAACAUCGCCGCCGGGCCUUCGCACAGGUCCAGCAGCAGAGCCACGCAGUGGACCUCGGAGCCAUACGAGAGCAUAGACGCGUCCAACUCCAACGCCGCCGUGACGGUGAGAGAGGGCGGCCAGUCGAGCGAUCAAGGCUUCAGCCAGGGACUGGACAAGACCCAGGAGGAAUCUGCGUCUGCUUCAGCAGCUCCGGAGCCAGCUGAUCAAAAGGCUGUCUGAGAAGAGAUAGAGGACUGUGUGGGAAGUAACACAUGCAUACAGAAUACAGAGAGAAAAAGAGAUAGAGAGCAAGAGAGAGAGAGAGAGCACCCAUGCACACAAACCUGCCUUCUCCCUUUAUCCUCAGCAUGUGGUCUCACCUUGUCGUUUGAAUGUAAAGUCUGAAAAAACAAAUCUCUGAUCUGGUUGAUGAAAUAAAUACAUUUUUGAAUGAAACUGCCUUAAUUAUCAUUGCUGGACUAAAAAUGAAGCUUCGCAUUGCCUAAUGUUGUAUCUAAGGCUUAAACAGUUCAAUUUAUGCAACUCUGUUGUUUCUCAAAGGAAGUUGGACUGUGAGUUGUCUUCUAGAAUAAUUCCUGUGGGUUUAUUUUUAUUUUUUAAGCCUGUCAGAUAAUAGCCCGCCGUGUAGCAGCAUGCCAUGUUCCUGCAUCCAUUAUCACUUCUAAUCCCCUGGGACUUGUUGAUGGGACUGCAGUAUAUCUAAUACAGCCUGAUGGGAGGGAGGUCUGGAAUGAAAAGCUUUCAAAUGACUGAGGAUUACACUUGACAUUUGUUCGCAUAUAUCAAUAUUAAUAUGAAAAAGUUUACAUAACGGUAAUGUUGUGGAAAACUGCACCAUAGAUGAGGUGCAAUGUUUGUUUUCAGGGUCCCGUACUUACAAUUUUCUAUUGCUCCUUGGUCGCUAGUAGAAAUAUAUACAGUGUUGGGGAUAUUUCUUGACAAUCCCUGUGAAUAUGUGCAAAGAGCCUUAAAAUCAAUUAAUGCUUAAUAGCAGCUACAUAAAACAUUUCACAAGGUUGCUAUUGCUCGUUCCUCUUUGCCUCUGCAGCAGGUUUUAUGGUCUGGAGACUGAGAUGGUCAUGGAAGAAGGGGGUUUUGCAUGAAAUGAACAAUUUCUAUUUUGAUUUUAAUUUGUGUUUUGGAUGAUUAUCCUGCCAAAUUAUCCAAUAGCAUUAAUACUUUUUUUUAUUUUUAUAGAAUGCAGUAGAUUUUUCUAUUCUAUUUCAAGCAGUUCAGAAGUCAUGCAAUCUAACUAAAUUCCCCGGGUCUUUGGAUAUGGAACUUAACAAACCAUGAAUUUUGGUUCGUUCACCAGAAAAUCCCCCAGGAGAAUGUCUGGCCAUCAGUUCCAGACUUUGACCUCAGGUAAGCUGAGGUCAUGAUCUGAAACGUGAUCUGGAGUGGCCUAGUCAAUGAACGGACUUGAAUCUAAUUGGGAAUGCUGAGGCGCGAUCUUACAAAGGUCGUUCACACACAAAAACCCUCCAAUGUGGCCGAGGUAAAACAACUCUGCAAAGACGAGAGGGGGAAAACAUUACUCCACAGCGAUGUUUGCCGUCAACACGACCAGGUUGGUUUGAAUAGCUUUCAUAUUUACAAAAAAUAAAUAAAUUGUAUUUACUCGGGUUGUCUUUGUCUGCUGAUCUAAUUUGGAUGACACUGAAGACGUUUAAAUGCAGCAAAAAUAAAACGUCUUCAGGGACAAAUCAUGUUUUUCAAAACAUUACAGUGUUGCACACAAAAGUAAAAAAUAAAAUAAAAUGAGCUAAAUAUAUGACAUACAUUUCCAGUAUCAACCAUUAAAAAAAAAAACCCACCCAAUCACAUUUGGCAAAAAUCUAUUUAUAAACUCUUUAUUGUAAGUUGUUACAAUUAGAUUUCUCUCUCUAGCAGCACUAUUCAAAUUACAUAUAUUCAAGGGCAGUAACCAUAGACUGUAGUUCUCUCUUAAUGCAAGAUGUCAUCAUGUAAACAAAGACAGACACAGAAGAUAAGUAGAGUAAAAUGUACCACAACAUGGGCAAGAUGCUAAUGUGACAAUAACUCAUGUAAGGUUCAAAGGACGACUUUUGUGUUUUUUGAGACACAAAAUGCGACUGGUCCAGCACACAAAGAAAUCAGAAAUGGUGUACAGCAUCUUCUUACAGUUUUUUUGUUUGUUUGUUUUGUUGGAAACGGUGCGAUCACCUGCCACCUGUAUGAGGCGUGUUGCAAAAUGCCCGUCACCGGUGUACAGAGGUCGGUGGAGGGACGGUUCAGAGAAACCAAACAAACCCGUGACAGCCAACUAAGUAGGACGUGUUACAGGAUUAUUUUAGUGCAACAGAACUUGCGAUUAAACAUUCCAACAAUUUCUUUUGACCUCUUUACAUUAUAUCCAAAGACACGUUAUAAAUAUGGCACAUUAUAUCCACCGAGAAGUGCUGAUCCUGUACUUUGCUGGAUAGUUAUAGUGCCCACACAAAAAAAAACAAAAAAACAAUUUUGACUUUCCAAGCCGUUCUCUUUUGUAACUUUUACAUUACUCAACAACUUUUUCUAUAUUUUUUGAAUAACAUUUUUGCAAAAGUGCUCAUUUAAGCUCCAAGUCAAACGAAGGCCAAGCUAGCAGCUAGUUAGCUCAGCUCACCUUGAUCAGUCAGGGGACAAAGUUGAAUAAUUUUACAGCCACAAAUCAUACAAUUAUUUCUGGAUAGCUAAUUCUUGUCCAAACGAAACAGAACAAAUAAAAAUUGGCUUACAAAGUGAGUACAGACGUUUAAGGUGACUAGCUUUAGCUUGCUAGCUUUGAGGCUAGCAACCCGCUGCUAGCUUCUCUUUAUAUGUAGAAAUCUGAUUUAAUUUGCUUCUCUAACUCCCCUCUGUUACGUUUCCACACCAGUGUGACAACUGUUUCUUUUACAACAACUUUAACAGUGAAUGUUUUUUUAAAUUUUAUGUUAUAUCUAGAUGUCUACUAACACUGGAGUGCAAAUAAUAUCCAAACUGCACUAUCAUGCAUGGGUUUGCCAAUACUAACCUAAUUUAGAAGAGUGUAUAAGUCAUGUAAAGCUAAAUGUUUUGAACUGUUUUCACACUUAGCUUUUGUAGCACAGCGUUAUGUUGCUGCUCGAUGAGGGUAAAUGAGUCUGCUCAAUGCUACAGUUCCAAGCAGAUUUUCAGUUUUCUGUACAUCUCAAAGUCAUGAUGAACAGCAAUAAAAUUGUGGAGCAACACAAACCCUGAAUAGUAGGAGCACAGUGCUUUGAGAUGUUAUCAGCAUGACUCAAAUAUGUGUGUCUAUAGAGACUACUGUCUUUUUUUUUUAAUCUAUAAAUUUUACUUCUGAAAAUCUAUCAAAUGUCAGUUGAUAUUUAAAAUAUACAGCUGUGUUCAAAACAAUAGCCGGCCAACAUUGCUAACCAGCUCAAUCCCAUAACACAGAGAGAUUAACUUUAUGGUGUGUUCAUCCCAAUCUACAGACUCAAAGUAAUCUACCAGUAAGCUAACAUGAUGUUUGUAAGGCAAAACCUAAAAGAAAGACAAAGGCCUUGCAGUAGUGGAAUGUAGUCCAAUCAUCUGAAGUUGGUCAACUUCAUUCAACACAGAUCUGGAGCCAUUCCAGAAAUUGUUGUUCCAGAACUUCACAUUAGUUCAGUUAGCCAAAGGAAAGCUAAAUCCUCAAAAAGUCUAUCUGUAUGAUUCGCCCGCUUCCUGUAGAGUAGAGUAAUAACAAAUGUGAUAGUUUUGUUCUCAUUUGAAAUCACAGGUGCAGUGCAUGUCAUUGUACGAAAAAUAAAAUGUAUUACAAAUAUUUUGAGAUCUACUCAUUUUUCUUCAACAAACUAUUAUUUUGAACACAACUGUAAAUGACCACAAAGAUCCAAAAUGUCUUCAUUUGCAUAAACAAAACAAUCAGUUUUUUAGUUUCCAAGUGUUGUAAAGUAGCCAGGGAAUUCUUGUGAGACAGAAAUCUCGAUCAAACGUUCCUGUCUCGGAAAAGCUCUUUGAAUCAUGCAUGUGACAACAGCCGAAGACUGUAGAUCAUUUAAAAAAAACAAACAAACAAAGAGGGUCAUUACAUCAUUCUGGCAAUUCAUGAAACACUCGAAACUAUAAUUAAGUACCCAUAGCUGUCUCUAUUAGUCAAACAUACUAGAAGAAAAAUAUGAACCUCUUAAAAGAGUUUCUCAUAUUUUGAAAUGUCUGCAUACUGCAGUACUGGAAUACAUACUCAUACAGUAUCGUUUAUAGCAAAUAACUGAAUUAUUUCAUUUAUUUAGCACAAAGCAUGCUGAAUAGAAAAAAGUGUCACUUUUAAAAUAGUCUGAAGUGACUCGUCUUUUCAAUGUUCUCGUCCGCAGCUUGUUCCUUGACAGCUGCGGUCUAUCUACAAAGGCAUGACAAAAACCAAGAAGUUUAGGCAUCUAAAUCAAUAAAGAGAAAAGUGAUUGCCUUAAACUGUUCCUAGCCAACUUCAAGGAGCACCUACACAGAUGUGACCUCUUCCCUAAAGAAGCACAAGCGCCUCAGGAAGAGGCACCAAAAAGACCGGAUGAGGGAGCGGGUACUCGUGCACGAGGGACACAGCAUCAGCGUCGUCGCUUUUGUUGGGGGGUUUUUUGCUGCUAAAUGGGGCCGUUUCCGCCUCGACUGCUUUCAGUGAUGUCAUGUAUGACACCAUGCUUUUAAGACAUGGCAAAAAAAACAUAAAAAAUAAUGAAAGUGAGGACCUGACACACAGAAAGUGAGACAGAACGAGGUCUUGAGGUCUGUUGUAAAGCAUAAAGAGGCACUGUACCCAACUGAGGGAAAACCCGAACCGCCGUCAGUCAACAAGCUUGUCCUUUGAUAGCCAUGGGUAUGCUCUGUUAGAUAAAAAGAAAUUAAACUGGUUUUGCUUUGUUGUUGUUUUGGUUGGAGGUCAAGCGAAAACUCACCUCCCAACCUUCGAAGUCAAAUAAAUAGUAAAUAAAUAAAAGCGACGUUAGGUGCUAACUUGACACAAGGUGAAUGAGACUGGUUUAAAACAAGUAGAAAUAACCUGAAUCCGCUCCAUUAUCAACGCUACUGUAUCAACACAGUGAUAGUCUAAGUGGAUGUGGCUACGAGAAGAAGAAGAAAGAAAGAAGUUGGCACCGUUUGCUGAUGAUGCUGUGCUGCUCUGGUUUGGUUACAAAGUCACAACAAAUGUGCAGUGUGUGCUGGCAGACACCAAGGUUAAAAAAGAAAAAGUUUAUUUAAAAAAAAACUACAAUUUUAUUAAAUGGAAAGUGGGGAUUUUUUAAAAAUUAUAUUUAUUUAGUUUAUGCGACUUAUGGACAGUGUUCAUAUCCAUUACUGCACCACUUGCCCAUUUCCCAGAUUUGUUUCAGGUCAGCCCUUCAAAGUGAGACUAGGUAACUUAAAGUAGCCUAGUACCUAAAAAUAUUGGUAAAUGUCCAAUUAGAACCAAUUCAUUAAUUUGCAGAUAAAGGUGACUGUAGUAAAGUGCUGCUUUUAUAAAAGGAUUAUUCCUAAACUAUGUUUUAAAAUGUUAAUACUGACCAUAUGAUUUUGGCGUUGGGGUCAUUUUGACUAGUUGGGUUGCCUUGGAUAUAAAACAAAGAUGUCUCCCAAUGAGACAUCUUUGUCUCUCUAUUAUUGGGAGACAAUUAUUAUUGUCUCCCAAUGAGACAAUAAUAAUAUUGUCUCAUUGGGAGACAAUAUUAUUAUUGUCUCCCAAUGAAAGCUCAGCACUGCAAAUGUUUCAAUUUGUAUUCGCAUUGGAAACAUUUUUUUGCACAAGCAAUCUCCAUUCGCUUUGAAGGAAUGGGUAAAUAAAACUAGCUGCCAGCGCCACUCUGUGGCUAACUUAACGUAGACUUAUGGAGUCUAGUGCAGCCGUGGGCUCCUCAGACAUGGCCUAGUUCAAGAAAAUGUUAUAACAAUACGAUCGGGCUAGAAAUUGAUCGAUAGGGGAGGAAGUCGGGCACCACUGACUGUGUUGUUGAGGGUUGCUAUAACCUCAAACAGCGAAACUCCACAGAAGAAUUUGGAAUCCUUGGAAACUAGGGUGUAAUAUAAAAUAUAAAAUAUAAAGAACCUAAUAUGCAAUUCAGUUUCAUUCUAAAAGUGGCUUGAGUGUUUUUAUGAUUAUUGUCAUGUUAAAGCAAUUACUAUAAAAAUAUAUACUGGUUGAAGUGUGUGGGAUACAAAAUGGAAGUAACUGGGGCAGAAUGGCAACGUGAGUACACAAAAUGGAGGAGGGACAGAUUGGCCACAAAAGGUCACAUGGUCUUACUUAAAAAAAAAGAAAAAAAAAGAAAAGA